AAUGAAAUGGAAGUAAUGAUUUGGUAAUGUAAUAAUCAUGGUUUGAAAUGAAACGAAAGUAGGAAAAGUAUUACUACUAUUAUUCUCUAAUUUUCCAUAAAAUACCCCGAAAGCAGCCAUAAUGCCCAUAAAGUCCCUCACCAACCAGGGCUGGAGCACCACAUUUAUUUAUAUUCAACUUUGGGUUCAUAGCCUUUCAGGACACACGCAACGAAUUCCACGAAUCCAAUCCUUUCCGUUUCGUCAACUUUCUCUCUACCUCAACAACUACAUUGACAAAUGACCACGGCGGAAGCGCAACCGGAGCAAGCCCCCGCCGCCGGAGACUUCAUUUUCCGUUCAAAGCUCCCGGACAUCCCCAUCCCGAAUCACCUCCCUCUCCACUCCUAUUGCUUCGAGAACAGCUCCCUCUACCCGGACCGCCCCUGCCUGGUGAACGGCGCCGAUGGGCGGACUUACACUUACGGCGAAGUGGAGCUCACCUGCCGGAAGGUCGCGGCGGGGCUUGACAAACAGGGGAUCAAGCGGGGAGACACCAUCAUGAUCCUGCUCCCCAACACGCCGGAGUUCGUGUUCGCGUUCCUCGGCGCGUCUUGCCGCGGGGCCGUCGCGACCAUGGCCAACCCGAUGUUCACUCCGGCGGAGGUGGUGAAGCAGAUUAAGGCAUCUAAUGCCAGGCUCAUCGUAACACAAGCCUGUAGCGUCGUUAAGAUAAAAGAAUACGCAGGGGAGAAUGGCAUCAAGGUGGUGUGCACGGACACGGCGGCAGACGGCUGCCUGCACUUCUCGGAGCUGGCGGAGGAAGAGGGGAUGAGGGAGGCGGGCGUGAAGCCGGACGACGUGGUGGCGCUGCCGUAUUCCUCCGGGACGACGGGGCUUCCGAAGGGGGUGAUGCUGACCCACAAGGGGCUGGUGACCAGCCUGGCGCAGCACGUGGAAGGGCAGAAUCCUCACUUUUACCUCCGCGGUGAAGACGUGCUGCUCUGCGUUUUGCCCUUCUUCCACAUCUACUCGAUGUCCAUAUUUCUCUGCGGGUUGCGGGUCGGGGCCCAGAUCCUGAUCAUGCAGAGGUUCGACAUCGUGCCGUUCCUGGAGCUCAUACAGAAGUACAAAGUGACGAUUUGCCCCUUCGUGCCGCCGAUCGUUUUGGCCAUUUCUAAGAGCCCGGCGGUGGACAAUUACGACCUUUCGUCGGUUCGGAUUGUCAUGUCCGGGGCGGCCCCCUUAGGUAAGGAGCUCCAAGACACCGUUAGAGACAAAUUCCCGCAGGCUACAUUUGCGCAGGGAUAUGGAAUGACAGAAGGAGGGUCCGUACUGGCGAUGAGCUUAGCCUUCGCAAAAGAGCCUUUCCAGAUCAAAUCGGGGUCGGUGGGUACUGUGGUUCGGAACGCCGAGUUGAAGAUUGUGGAUCCGGAGAUCGGAUCCUCUUUGCCCCGGAAUCAACCCGGGGAGAUUUGUAUCAGGGGCGACCAAAUCAUGAAAGGUUAUUUGAAUCAACCAGAGGCUACUAAAAGCACGAUUGACGAAGAAGGAUGGCUGCAUACGGGAGAUAUAGGGUACAUCGAUGAGGACGACGAGCUGUUCAUUGUGGACCGACUGAAGGAGCUCAUCAAAUACAAGGGCUUCCAGGUUGCCCCAGCUGAACUUGAAGCCUUACUCCUUAACCAUCCCCUACUCUCUGAUGCUGCAGUCAUCCCCAUGAAAGAUGAAGAGGCAGGAGAAGUUCCAGUUGCUUUUGUUGUUAAGUCGAAUGGAUGCAGCAUCACGGAGGAUGAAGUUAAAGACUUUGUCUCCAAACAGGUUAUAUUUUACAAAAGAAUAAAGAAAGUAUUUUUUGUGGAUGCUGUUCCCAAGUCUCCAUCAGGAAAAAUUCUAAGAAAGAACCUAAGGGCAAGACUAGAAGCUGGACUGCCCAAUUAAUCCUCUACAUGCGACUAGGAGCCUUCUGAGUUUUUUCCUUACACUUUAAUUUUCUACUGUUGUAUAAUAAUUGCAAUUAUUGUCAAUAAUGGUAUCAAGAGUACUCUUCAUAAAAGUUUGAUUAUUUUAUAUCCACAUUAGAUUGUAUACAAGUCAUAUUUAAACAAAAAAAAAGAAUUAUAAUACCAAUGAAAAAGUCGGAUGUCUUCGAUAAUAUGCACAUUAAGAGCCCAUUUGGUAAUA